AUGGCAUACUUCUUUGCUAUGUUCAAGUACGGUGUGUUCAAAAAAAGAUUAGACUCCGCAAAUGACGAGUUAGCAUACGUAGAUAAUCCCGUGGAGUCCGGUUUAUCCGGCCAUUGGCUGCCACUCAGCAUAUUAAAGAGGAUUAUGGAGAUGCGAGUGGAAUCUCGGCCAGAAUAUACUAAAAACAUAAAACUUAAUUUCAUUAUAACUGAAAAGUAUAUUAAGCCGAGCACAUAUACUAUGGAAAGAAGCAAAAUGUCGACUUAUAAAAUCAUAUCAAGUGGUAAAACUGCAGCAACAACAAAAAAUAAUGAGGUAGCAACAACAUCUGAGUCACACAAAAAAUUGACAGGUGAUAAAGACACCACUGAAACGACAAUUGAUACAACAACAUCAGAAACAAUUACAAAUGCCAAAUUAACUUCUUCAGUGAUUAUUGAAACUACACCAUCUAUAAAGCAAGGAGAAGUAGAAAAUUCUACAAUUAUGAAAACAACACAAAAGUUGUCUUCGGAACUCACAGAAGUAGCGACUACGGAAAUAAGUACCACAUUAGAUAAAACAGUGGCAGAAACAACAGUCAGUUUAACAAAAGAAACAACAGAAAGAGUUACUGAUGAAUCGACAACUGAAGUCAGUAAGGAACCUACAACAGAAUCCACAACUGUAUUGACAACUCCCAAAAUAACAACUCAUCGAGCUACAACUGUUGUUGAAACUGGAAAUCCUUUUUACUGA